AUGAGCAGAAGAUUUUUGCCUAAUAUAAUCAUAACAGGUACACCUGUAUGUUCUACCGUCGUCGGAUUUUGCGAUUUCACUGACCUUUACUAA